AUGGGGAUGGAAGCCCCUGAAUUGGAUAUGCCGCGGGAGACGGCGGAUCUGCGGCAGGUUCUGCUGGAGCUGGAGGACCGGGUUAAACAAACCGCCGGUGUGAUGCGUGAAUUGAGCGUCAUCCUUCCAGAGGAGGAGAACCCCAGCAACAGCAGUAGUGCCACUAAUAGCGUCGGCAACGUGAACCCCAACCUCACCGCAGCCAUCGCGGAAGCCGUUGUGACGCCGCUAGAGGAGCUGCAGAAGUACGUGGAUGCGUGUGACGUACUCAUCCACGAUCGCCUGGCACAGUUGCGCCACUACGUGGAUGUCGCAGUGGACAUCUCCAAAUCGUAUCAAAAAAUGUUUCCUGAACUCCACGAGCGAGUCUGUGCAGCGACAGCGGCAGUAAAUGCCUCUGGAGGCCUGCCGAUGCCGAAGACUUCCACACCGAUUGGUGAUAAAAUUUGCUAUGAGGACGUGCGAAAGUAUUUGUCACGGUUUGUGCGCUGGGAUCCACUGGAGCUUGACCACGUUACCGACGCGGCCUCGGUAUUGGUGGGUGAGGCGCACUGUCAGCCCGCUUCCUUGAAGUAUGGGGACGUCGCCGGCAAAGAGCAGCACUAUUUGGUGUUUCCGAAUUUACAGCCACCACCUGAGCGCCCCGACAGCGCUCAACCAGCGGGGUCAAGUUAUGCACACUUAACGUUGAAGCGAAGUUUGAACGCGGUAGUGAAUGAUCUGCUACUUCGGCAGCUGCAAUACGAUGGCAUCCCGCUGGCUACCGCAAUGGAGAUGGAGUUGGGCUGCUACGAUCGAAUAUCUGCAGGACCGAAUGGAAACUCUUCUUCUGACUUUACAUUUUUUGACGCUCGCAUUCCACAAGAAAUUCGUCGUGGCCUUCUGCAUCCUUCAGCCGAGGCUGACAAUGCCGGGGAUUUACUCCAGCUUGUCCAGAACGCGUACCCACAAACGGUGCAGUGGAUUUUGCAGAUUGCGAACCUCUGCAAUAACUCUGCCUCAACUCGUCUCGAGACGUUGGGGGUUGGUGAGCCGGCGACACGGGCCUCACCAACAGGUAACGCCGCGUCCUCGGUGCGGCACCCAGGGGACGAGAGAAGAAGUGAGGGGUUCACGGACCUCACGGUCUUUACGGAGCUGGGGUUAGUGGACAUUCCUCACCAGGAACCAGAGGAAGAGGAUGUACCGAACGAAGUAGCAGACCCAGCAGAGUACAGUCUUCAGCGUUCCCGAAACGGGCAUGAAAUCCAUACGACAGGGCAGCUUCCGUCCACGUUUGCGCGAAUGUGGGAACCCGCACUUGUAGCCGAGGAGGAAGAUGCGGAAAGAAGUGUAUUGGUACAACUUCUGCCGAGGGCAGGCCAACAUGGCGAAGAGGAGGAACAGGGGCGUGCGCUCUUCAUCUUCCCUAAUGACGAGCCUGUAUGGUCAUAUACGGCGGAAGACGAGGUGCAUGAGGAGGAAAACGAAGCGGAGGAGGAAGAGGAAGAGCAAGAAGAGGAGGAAGAAGAGCAAGAAGAGGAAGAGGAAGAGGAAGAGGAAGAAGAGGAACAGGAGGGAGUAGGAUUAGAAAUAAGCACGGUGAUGUACCUGGAGGAAUCCCCCGCCGAAGAUAUCCCCCAGCAACAGCGGCAGCAACGUGAAGUGGAACUGCAAAAUGGAGACGACAGUGCGACAGGCCAUAGGGAGGGGGGAAACGUACAACUUCUGGAUGCUGUGAUGCAGCAAACCAAAAUACUUCUAUCUGAUCUUGUAAUCAUUUGUGCGCUACAGCGCUUAUCUCAAAUGAUUGUAUGCGGAGAAGAGGCACCGAUGAAUGUGAAGCUGCAGCGGGCGGUUGAUUUUGUUCUCAUCCUUCGACAGCAUCCGCUUGUGAAGUGGCGCAUGGCGUUUGAGCAGGCGUUUCAACGUGCAAACGCCGAUGAAGUAAAGAAGGGAGAAAAUAUACAAAUGGAUAAAAUGGAACCCCCAUCACUGUUGCUUACAGUUCAUCACAUUUUUGCCGCAUUGGGUUAUAUGCCGCUUCCCUUGCACGAGCAGGAGCAACGGAGGCAACAUCAGCGGCAGUUGCGAGGCAAUGAUAAUGAGAAGGAAGAGAAGGAUGGCCUCCCGGCCCAUGCGCGGUCUGCGCAGGAGCACUUGCUCUCAUGCGUUGCGCCGUUUCUGCACCUCUGGGGCGGGCGCCAGGGCCAGGGUUUGGAUGCCUUUCUGUCUUGUGGCAUUCCCUACGAGGCGGGGGACAAUGAAAAUAGUCUGCAGCAGUUACCACUGCUGCCUAUAUGUACGACGCCGUAUGUCUGGCAGGAGUGUAUUCUCUCUGACCUGCUAGACCAGGUCCACAAGCUGCGUCAGUUCGAGAUGUUGCUGACACUAGCUACGUCUACGCCCACCGUCUCUGGUGCUUCUGCGUCUGCGUCUGCGUCUGCGUCUGCGUCUGCGUCUGCUGCUGCUGCUGCUGAGGCUAAUACAUCACACCCAGAAAAUGUAUUGUAUCGUCUCGUCUAUCCGUUGAGCACUCUGAUGUUAAGCCGUCUCGACGAGUACUGUGAAAAAGGCCUUGUCGGAGGUUUUGAAGAGGAGCCGCAGCAACAACAGCCUCAGCAACCAUUCAAUUCGCAGCCUCCGCCUUCGUUGCCCCCGCUUCAACCAACAGCACAGCAGCAGCCUCAGAGCAGCAUCACGGAGAGCGCACGCAUGCAUACUGUGGGCGCACUUCGGGACCUCUUCCCUAUGUUUGCGGGUUCUGGGGGUCGCACUCGCGCUGCAUCGGCCGAGGCCUCCGGUGGUGGCAACAACAGUGGAGCUGGUGAGGGUAACAGUGGCAAUAACAUACCCUCCUUACAACGACAAUCGCUGCCGCGCCCGCAAGGUCGGCGCCAGCAAGCCAUUACACUGGAACUUCCCCAUGCUACUGCGGUGCUGUUGCAACAAGAUGAAUUGCGCCGCCGUGCGACGCCGUCGCUGCUCUCCCCACAGAAGCCCAUCUGCUUUCAUUCGGCGAAUCCCACACUUUUUACGAACUCCUCUAUCUUUUGGCAGCCCUUGUUUCAAAAGACUAUGUGCUACUGCCCAGUGACACGCCGUCGCUGCCUCGACACAGUUCUCUUUGACGUCAACCCGGAGGGACCUCAAGAUGUGUUGUCGACUUCAAGCAAUCGUCCGGCUCUUAACGUUGCGCUUUUGCUCAAUUGUGGACAUGUCAUUUCUAACCGGGCCAUAAUGUCGUUGCUGGAGCGGCCACAGCGCCAAUCACGGACUCCAGCGACAACUGCGCGGUGCCCCUACUGCACCGCGGAUACGUCCUUAGAUGAGCUGAUGAUAUUGCACUGCGUGUACUGA